CGAAAUGGUCACACUGCGGCGCACAUGUUUUUGUUGACAAACUCGCCAUGUCUCGCAAAAAAUGGACUUCGCUGGACAAACCGCCGCUCUCGGACGCAGUGCUUCAGGUGGUGCAGAGUUUCGGCUUCCAGCAGAUGACGCCUGUGCAGACGGCGGCCAUUCCGCUUCUACUGGCCCGCAAAGAUGUCUCCGCGGAGGCGGUAACGGGAAGUGGGAAAACGCUGGCCUUCCUCGUGCCCCUGCUGGAAAUCCUCCAGAGACGCCACAAGGAGACUCCGUGGGGCCCUAAAGAGAUCGGAGCCCUCAUCAUCUCGCCCACCCGAGAACUGGCUCGACAGAUAUCCGAAGUGCUGGCCCAAUUUCUGGAGCACGAGGACCUAGAGCACCUGAACCAACAGUUGAUUGUGGGCGGCAACAGCAUAGAGGAGGAUAUAGCCACGCUGCGGAAGGAGACACCCUGCAUUCUGGUGUGCACGCCCGGUCGGCUGGAGGAUCUCUUCCAGCGCAAAGGAGAUGAUCUGAAUCUGGCUGCCCGGGUGAAGAGCCUGGAGUUUUUGGUUCUGGACGAAGCCGAUCGCCUGCUGGACUUGGGAUUCAAGACGAGUGUUAACAACAUUCUAGGCUACCUGCCCAGGCAGCGACGAACUGGACUCUUCUCCGCCACCCAGACCACCGAGGUCACGGACUUAAUUCGUGCUGGCUUGCGAAAUCCUGUCCUGGUAUCCGUGAAAGAGAAGGCCUCCGUGAACACGCCCGCCCGCCUGCAGAACUUCUACCGAAUUGUGGAGCCGGAACGAAAGUUUCUGGCCCUGCUAGAGUUCCUCGGCUCGCCUGCCACCCGAACCGGGAAGGUGAUGGUCUUCUUUCCCACCUGCGCCUGCGUAGAGUAUUGGGCGGAAGCCUUGCCGCCACUCCUACCCAAGCGCACAGUGCUGGGAAUCCAUGGAAAGAUGAAGAACAAGCGGGCCAAUGUGGUGGAGAAGUUCCGCAACGAACCGCAGGCAGUGCUCCUCUGCACGGACGUCCUGGCGCGUGGCUUGGACGUGCCCGAGAUCGAGUGGGUGGUGCAAUGGGAUCCGCCUUCGACUGCCUCCAGCUUUGUGCAUCGCGUGGGACGCACUGCUCGACAGGGCAACGAGGGCAACGCCCUGGUCUUCCUGCUGCCCAGCGAGGAUGCCUAUGUGCACUUUCUGAAGAUCAACCAGAAAGUGGAGCUGAAUGAACUGCCUGCUGAAGAGGCGGAGGAUUUCCCCGAGAAGAAGGAACUGCGAGCUGUUUUGGAUCAACUGCAUCGGCUGCAGGCGGCGGACAAGGGGGUAUAUGAUAAGGGAAUGCGCGCUUUUGUUUCCCAUGUGAGAGCUUACAGCAAACACGAAUGCAGUGCCAUUCUCAGGCUAAAAGAUCUGGAUCUGGGUAGGAUGGCCACUGCCUACGGCCUGCUGCAACUACCUCGCAUGCCGGAACUGAAGAACUACAAGGAAGGCGGCUAUGUGGCACCCAGCUUCGAGGUGGAUCUCACCAAGCUCACCUACAAGAACGCCCAGAAGGAGCAAGUGCGACAGAAGAAAAUGCAAACGUACGAGGAAACAGGCAGCUGGCCGGGUCAAAAGCAGCACAAGAAGCGCGUCGAGUCCUGGGAUCAGACCAAGAAGGCCAAGCUGGAUGCCAAGUCCAAGAAGGAGCUGCGCAAGGCCAAGAAGCAGCGAAAGAAAGCGGCGGAGGCAGAGGCGGUCGCCUCGGGUCCUGGGAAGGGAAAGAAAAGGCAGCAGUUCAGCCAGGAGGAUCUAGAUGAACUGGCCACCGAUAUUCGGCUCUUCAAACGACUCAAAAAGAACAAGAUCAGCGAGGAGGAAUUCGACAAGGCAAUGGGAAUCGAGGGCGACAAUGAGUGACCUUCAUCUGGGGUUGAUGUUUAUGUACAAUUAAAACUUUGUUAAGCAAGUAAUUGGCAUUUAACACUUUUCUAUCAAAACAAGAACAAAAAGUUCUUUAAAAAUACAUAAGUAUAUCAAACUUUA